GCCAUCCUCGUCGAAAUCUCCCGUGACUGUCGGCGGACCUGCCGGCUACCCCCACCACCCGUACUCCCACCACCCAGGAAACGCCCCCAGCAACACCUUCCCGCCUCACCACCCCCACCCACAAGGCCUGACCCCGGGAAGUGGAGCUCCGCCCCUCUCCAACGGGCCCUCCCCCGCCUUCUCCUCUCGGGGGCCCUCCCCCUCUCACGCGGGGCCUUACCCGUACCCCAAACACCCAGGGGCCCCUCCUACGGGCUUUGGAGCCCCCUCGCCUUUCUCCCCUUACCCUCCCUUCGCGAGGCCUGAGGUCGUCAACAACAGUGUCCCUGGAGGUGCCGCCCACUCGGGCCCCUCCCCCUCAGCCGGAGGUCCCAGCUCCGGCCCACAAUGCAACAGCAGCAGUGUUGGUGGCCCUCUGACGCCGCAGUCCUCGGCCUCGCUGCAGCACAACAGCAACAGCAGCCAGCCAGCUCCCCCGACCUCUGUGAGCGGCGGGUUAGUCGCCCCCUCCUCCUCCCCCUUCAUCACCACCACUGCCGCCACAGCCCCCUCCUCCUCCUCCUCCGCUUCGUCGUCCUCGCUUAUCUCCACCCCGCUUAGUCACCACAAACAACAGCACCCACAGCAUCUUUACCACCCGCACCAACAGCAACAACAACAACAGCGACCACACAGCAACAACCCGUACCACAGCAGCAGCAGCACCCACCCUCACGCCCAUCCCCACCACCGUUCGUCUUCGGGCGAGAGACACCAUUCAGGCGGCCAGAACAGCCACAGCUCCGGUUACCAUAGCAACCCAGCGGACCAGCACCGCGCCACCACCACCACCCAGUCCGCCUCGCCUCACGACCCUUCCAGAAAGUCGGCCACGCCGGGUCAACAGCCGCCCUUCAAAACCCCGCCCAACUGCCGGCAGGAGCACCUGUCUACCAGCGGAGGUGGCAGAGAAUCGUCCGACAGAGACCGACAUCACCAUCACCCUCACCCUCACCACCACCAUCAUCACCAUCAUCAUCGACACGGCAGCGGCAGCAGCAGUAGCAGCAUCGGUCACCACCACAGCAAAGAACAUCAGCACCAGCACAGCCGGGAGCGAGAGAGAGAACGAGAGUUGCGGGAUAGAGAGAAGGAGAAGGAACGUGUAGGGCCCUCCCUCGGUUCCUCCCUGCCCCCCUCCUCCUCCACCUUUCCCUCCCCUGGCCUCUCCUCUAAAGGACCUUGGGGU